GUGUGGACAAUGUGAGAGUCAUGGUAGACAUUGUCAUUGGUGAAAAUGCUACACUACCAAUUCCUGUUAAGGGGGAGAUAGAGACAUUAAAUCAAACCAUUGGUAGCUUCAUGGCAUGGCUUCGUAGACUAGUAAUUUUAGAUGAGGAGAAAAAGGUAUGUCUUGUUCUAACUUGAGUGAGGUUUUAAUUUUUCAUUUGUUAAAUAUUUGUCAUUUUGUUUGUCAAAGGUUCCUUCUCCUUGAACGUUGAAGCCAAUAACACAAUCAUCUAAACAUAUUGAUGUCCAUAUGACUAUUAAACUCCUAAAUCAAUAUGCCAUGCAUACGAUGAACCACAAGGAUGUCAUUGGAUUCAAUAUUGCUGAUUACAUAUUUGGAAGAGAGAAGAUCAUUAGUUCAACACGUGAGGACAUCAUGCAAUACUGCGAGAUGAUUGAAAUAGGCUAGAUGUGUGUGCUCACAUACAUUUCGUAUCUUUUGAAUAAAUGUAAGAAGAAGACAUGUAAGAAGUUCUUGGUGGUUGACCCAGACAACAUUGUACCACAAAUAAUGUCUCAAGAAACUUGUUCCAGACAUCUAGCCAACAGAUUAUUGAAAAUGUGGCAAGCCAAACAUUCUACUCAACAAUCUCGCAGUACUACAAUUUGGAAACCUGUGAAGUGUCCUCGACAACUAGGUUCUAUCGAGUGUGGGUACUAUUUGCAAAUGUAUAUACGAGAAAUAGUGCGGAACCCUCAUGCUCCUAUAACUGAACUUUUUAAUACAAAAAGUGCCUAUCAACAAGAAGAAAUUGACGAAGUUCGAAUAGAAUGGACAUCUUUUGUUGGACGAUUUGUGUAGUACCUAUGAAUUCAUUAGUUGUGUUUAUUUGAUGUAAGUGUUUGGUUCAGACUACUUUCUGUUUAGUACUUGGUAGAUUAGAAAUACAUUGUCUUGUUUAUAAUAUGUGGAAGUUUGAAU